AUGUCGUUUGUUUCCACGCCUAGUGCUGGCGACGAUGCUGAAGGUUCCAUGUAUGACUCAAGUGCCGAGUUACAGGAUCCCCAGAGUUGCUUCCGUCAUAUCUGGGAGGCCAAUACCGCGCAGGGUGACGACGACGAGAGUAUAGGUAGCACAUAUGUUCCGGCCAUACAAGAUGCUAUCAAUUGGUCUGAAUCAAGUCUUUCACAGCCUACUGAGGCGAUACCAGAAUAUGCACCGAAUGGAAAUAUGGCAGGCGACGAGCGCAUAUGUUACGGUAUGAUAUACCAGGUUGAAGUCAAACUUUCAGAGAGCAACAUGCCAAAGCUCAAUUCGAAGUUGCAACACGAGACCCGAGCAACUGGGGCCGAGAAAGUUCUUGUCUUUACUGUCGAGCGGAAAGUCGAUCAUCUUACUGUUACCUUUACAGACGGAGCCACACUUGGCAUCCUCAGCGACUCAAUGUUCGAAUCGCUUAGCCCCGUGAUGGAACAAUAUUCAUCGUUCUUCCUUGAAGGUGUUGCCUCUACGAAUGUCCUUCGCGAUAGAAUUGGAAAAAUCAUCAAAUCCUCUGAUCGGAAAAUACGCAUGGACAUCAAUGUAUACGGCUUGCGCGACGCAGCGAAGAAGAUUGGGGACGAGCUCUCGGUCAAGAAGCUAUGGCUUCAAAGACCAGACAAUUACAAAACUGAUUUCCCUUACGAUAACCCUCAUGUUGUCCAUUUCCCCGAUAUUAACCAGAUCUCUGCUGGUGCCAAUGAUAUGCGUAGGCCCCUGGAUGAACAAGGACAAAUGACCAAGCAGGAUAGGAUCCAGAAGAUCGUUUCCGAGGUUCAUAUUUCCCUCCAAAGGGCCGGAGAGCUCGAAACCACUUCUGGCGAUCGAAGGCUACAGACGACACUCCUAGAUCACCAACAACGGGCAUUAACAUUCAUGAAGCAGCGGGAAUCCGGUAAUAUCCCAGAGAAAUAUCGUCUUUGGAAAAAGUCUCAGUGCGAAGGCAAAGAAAUGUACAUUCACAGGGUGACGAAAACUCGGUCUACUGUGCCGCCGGAAGAAAGGGGUGGCGGCAUUUUAGCUGAUGAAAUGGGGAUGGGAAAGUCCCUGUGUCUAUUGGCCCUUCUCCUCGAUACGCUAGAUGAGGGUCGUCAAUGGGCUCAAAGGAGGCAGAGCGAGGCGUAUCACAGCACUGGGAUUGAAAAGUACUCUCGGGCAACACUGGUAAUUGUCCCAUCCGCCCUUCUGAUAAAUAACUGGCUAAAUGAGGUCAGAAAACAUAUAGGCGACAGCUUGAAGCAUGUCAAAUACCAUGGGGUCGGAAGGGAGAAAGACUUGAAUGUUCUUGCCGAUUGUGAUUUGAUAGUCACAACUUAUCAAACACUUCGCACCGAGUUCGCCAGUAAGAAAAGUAAACUACAUAAGAUCUGGUGGUAUCGCAUUGUUCUAGACGAAGCACACGUUAUCCGACGACCGUCAAAUACUUUUCACAGUACCUGUCUUGAGCUUCAAGCCAGAUCACGAUGGUGUCUCACGGGUACACCGAUUCAAAAUAGACUGCUUGACGUCGGUGCCUUGUUUGCUUUCUUACGAGCCGAUCCAUUCGAUAAUAUCACUCAAUUCCGGCGAUUCAUCGUCUUGCCCUUCGAGCAAGGUGACGAAAUUGUCAAGGACCGUCUUGUUCUUCUCUACGAUUCGCUUUGUCUUCGGCGCAACAAGGAUAUUCUCCUUCUACCAGGCACAGAGGAACGAGAACGGCCACUUCAGUUUAGCCCAGAAGAAAUGCGGCAAUACAACAGCACAUUGAAGACGCUACAGCGAUCCGUGAGUGAGAAGGUCGGACAGUUUGAUAAGCACCGAGAGUUUGGAUUAUUCCAAGCACAGUUGCAACUAAGGAUCCUAUGUAACCACGGUACUUAUCAAAAGCCAUUUUCGUGGAAAAGAAUCGCCCUCCAGCUGGACGAGUCUUUGGCUGCUGGCUCCGGGACUAACUUCGAAUCGAAGUGCGACGGCUGCGAGCAACCUAGGCCAGCGCUCAUUUUGACGACAAACAGUUGUGGCCACUUCUUUUGUACCUCUUGCCUUGAGUACUUGGAGGAAAUCUUGAAGCCUACCGAUUCGAUGCCCUGUCCUCGUUGCCAUUAUAAAGAUGCUGCGAAAUGUUUGCGAAACGGCACUGUCCCAACCCGUGUCAACAACCCCAAACGAAAUUAUCGAGACACAUUAGCUAGGAGUGCAUACUUCAAGGAGACAGGGUUCUCCACCAAGAUGAAUGCAUUGGUAGAAGAUGUCAAGGAUCGUAUGGAAGAAUUGAAGAGCAUAGUAUUCUCGUGCUGGACGCACACAAUGGAUCUCGUUGGUCGUCACUUGAAGAACGCAGGUAUUGAUUACUUGCGCAUAGACGGAGACACGCUUAUGUCAAAAAGACAGCGAAUUCUAGACGAAUUCGACAAAGAUUCUGGAGCCCGAGUACUUCUUAGGUGGGUGCGCUUUGAAACUUCAAAGUCUUCAUUCAUAGGCGUGACGACAGGUACUGGCGCUUUUGGACUCAAUAUUACAGCAGCGAGGCGGGUAUUUAUCUUAGAGCCUCAAUGGAAUCCGAGCGUUGAGAACCAAGCCAUCGCACGGACGACGCGCCUAAACCAGAAGGAAAAGGUACUCGUGAUUCGGUAUCGCAUUAAGGAUACAGUGGAGACGGAGAUGCUAUCGCAGCAAAAACAGAAGCGAGAGAUCGCAAGAAUAGGGUGGUGA